UAGAUCAUUAAAGAUGGGGUGGGCGAGAUCGGAGUCGCGUUUUAGCUGACUCACUUUUCAUUGAUUUAUUAACAUGGUCGGAAUCUGUGCAUCAACACCUUUUGGGCUCAAAAACCUUGGCCCUGUAAGCCAACACUGUUUUUAAAAUGAAUUCAAAAACUUCAAAUCCCCUAGGUGCUAUCGUGGAGAGAAAGCUUGCGAGGAGGCCUUCUCAGGAUGCCAAAUUGUCAGGUCAAUAUGUGACCCUGGUCGGCCUAUCUUCAGAGCACAUUGAACCUCUCUAUGCGCAUGUGUCUGGGGAAGAGAACACCUAUCUUUGGGACUACUUAUUUGAUGGGCCCUUCGCCGACCUUGCGACAUUUCGCAUAGCAAUGGAAGCUAAAAUCCUGAGCCAAGACACAAUCACAUACGCCAUAAUUCCAAGCGACCAGCCCAGGACAACAGAUGGCGCCGACAAUGUAGUGGGUUGUGCUAGCUACAUGCGAAUCGAUACAGUCAAUCGCGGAGUUGAGGUCGGCAGCAUUCUCUUCUCACCAAAGCUACAGCGCUCCACCGCCGCGACCGAGGCCAUGUAUCUCAUGGCAAAGCACGCGUUAGAGGACCUAGACUACCGGAGAUACGAGUGGAAAUGCAAUACCCUAAACGCACCGAGCCGAAGGGCCGCGCUCAGGCUGGGAUUCACGUUCGAAGGCGUGUUCAGAAAACAUAUGAUCAUCAAGGGAAGAAAUAGAGAUACAGCUUGGUUUGCUAUAGUUGACGACGACUGGCCCGGUGUAAAAAAUGCCUUUGAAGACUGGCUCAACCCUGUAAAUUUUGAUAAGUUGGGCACACAAAUCAAAAGAUUAGAGGACUUUCGAAAAAAAUAGGGAGAAUAAACUUGGAAAAGGACAGCCUUAGGAGUAUGAGGGACUCUAGAGGUGGCAAGGCAACAGCAUCUAAAACUAGCGCAUCGAUGAUUGCAUGCCACUAAUGUCACGCUGCAGCUAAUUUGAGCGCGGAGAAGGCCGUGAUUCUAUUGGAAAUUCGCCCGGGAGGGUAAGAUGUCAUGUUGCUUAUUGGUGAGACGUCAACAGCAUACGAGAAACCGUUGCAGAAGUCAGUAUUCAAUGUAUCGAGAAACCGCCUCGGGGGACUACAGCUACCUUGCCAGUCUGGCUUGGAAGAGAGAAGCACAGUCGGCAUAAUAAGUACUAUUGAGCCACUGUCUAAGGUGGUACCAAUAGAACUAGAAUCCUGAGUAACAUGUUUUGCAACAUAAUAUAUCUAUUGGGGCAUUGAGUUAAUAGGAAGCAUCAGACGGGCCCUUUGGAACAACGUUAUCGCCAGUUCAGUGGAGUCGAUGUUAGAAUUAUCUGGAUACACGGCAAUUUUAAUAUCUCAUAGCGGUGCGGCGCCAUUAUGUGCACCAGGGUGAACUUAGCUAGCAGACAGUCACAGCAGAAGC